AUGAAAAUAAAGAAAUCACAUUGGUGGAAAGCCUUGCCGAAGUGUCUCUAUUACAGCAUUCCGGAAACAAAGGUUAGAGUUUAACUACACGAACUGAUGAGAGUGAAAUUUUCGUCUAAAACCACAAGGGACUUGUCUGUAAUUGUGAAACUCGUUUAGAAACACCGCUCAUGCUUUCACAUUUUGCAGAGAUUACCUGAACAAAUUUUCUAUACAGGGUGUUCAAAUCAAAGGUUAAUUGUAAAGGACAUAUUAUUGCUGACUAAAAGCUGUAGGACCGAAUUUGUAGUGUUCUGAGACCUAGAUUCUCCCGCGAAUCGAUCAAUAGCGCGCAAAAUACCUUGUAUGAUUCUCUUGCAUUGAAUUCGAUCAUGUGUAUUCGUCUUAAUAUAGAUUGUGACUACUUGAUUUUAUUUUAUCCCACUCAUGUUUUUAAUGGCGUUUAUUUUCCAGGUAUCAUAAUUUCAAGAUCAAAGCUCCACGUGGAACACCGCUUGUUAUUCAAAGUGAAGACGACGACACGUAUGACUCGCAUGCACUGGCUUGUCUUCUUCCACGACAAAUGGAACGCAUUCCAGAGGCUCUACGAGAAGUCCAGAUUUUCAGCAAAUCGCAAAGAAAGACAUACACUUUAGCAGAUGUCAAAGGGCAGCAGAUCGGCACGGUUCAGCACUUUCUAAACAUACAGCUGCAUGCUUUGCUUCGAUGUGGCAAAAUAACCAGGAAUUGAAGGGUAAGUUACUGUUUUCUUGCUUUACUGUUACUUUUUCGUAAAGGCUUGCUGGACUGAAAUUGAUAAUUUCUGUUUAAAAAUCGGAAAGAAGCAAGAUAUUGUCUUUCCUCGCUUGAAAUGGGUCUAUACUGGAAAGAAAUGAAAUUGUCCCGAUUCCGCGAUCUCACACCUCACUCGUCCCAAUUGUUAUCAGUGCGCGUUAUUUGGUUCAACCUUAUUUAAUUGGUUUUCUUGUAACCCAAACUAGGGAAAUCAACGGAGAACGGACAGUAACAUCGAGGUCAAGCUUUACCCAGAAGUUCUCCAGAUACAAACAGGCUGGCGGAGGAGCUUUUACUCCUGUGACGCUCUUGGUGGAAGGACCACAGCGUUACAAAGAAUUUGGGCUAGAAAGAAUCCGCUUUACUCUUCCAGAGUGCGAGAAUGUCGAGGACAUGCAUGUUGAAUGUUUGAAAUAG